UUCCCUUAGGGUAAAGUGCUGCACGUCCUUGGGCGAAGAGGGGAGGUGACUCGGAGCUGCUGAGGACGCAAAAUGAGGGCCCUACGGGUCUCCCAGGCUCUGGUCCGGUCUUUUAGCUCAUCUACCAGAAGCCACUUAGAGAACCGUGUGGCAGAGAAGCAGAAGCUCUUCCAGGCCGACAAUGACCUCCCAGUACACUUGAAAGGCGGGGGAAUGGACAACGUCCUGUACAGACUGACCAUGACGCUGACGCUGGGGGGCACUGCCUACUGCUUAUACUGCUUGGGCUGGGCCUCCUUCCCCCACAAGAAGUGACACCAGGAAGCUUGGAGGACUUGGACAAACAUCAAUAAAUAUGAUAAUCUCUUGAGAUCCCAACCCA